CAAGAAUAGAAGAUAAUUAUGGGAAGUGAAUUGGUGGAAAUUAAGAUGAGCCAAUCAACACUAAAAAUUGGUGAUAAAGAAGUGCAAAAUACAGUUUCUUUAACACCAUCUCCAAUUCUUGAUUCUAUACCAAAAACACCCAAAAGUCCAUUUGGUGCAAGAAUAAUGACACCAUUGGCUAGUCCUAUGAAAAAAGCUUUAACAUAUAUGGAAGAAAUUGGUCAUUUCACUAAGCUUGAUCCUCAAGAUGCUUGGCUUCCAAUUACUGAGUCAAGAAAUGGGAAUGCAUAUUAUGCUGCAUUUCAUACACUUAGUUCUGGAAUUGGAGUCCAAGCUCUUGUCCUUCCUCUUGCUUUUAUUACACUUGGAUGGAUAUGGGGGAUAAUAAGCUUGUCCUUAAUAUUUAUGUGGCAAUUAUACACACUCUGGUUACUCAUUCAACUUCAUGAAUCUGUCCCUGGCAUGCGUUAUAGCCGAUAUCUUCGCCUCUCAAUGGCUGCCUUCGGUGAAAAGCUGGGGAAAAUUUUAGCACUAUUUCCAACCAUGUACCUAUCAGGUGGUACUUGCGUUACACUUAUUAUGAUCGGAGGUGGCACUAUAAAGAUUUUCUUCCAAACUAUCAGUGGAUCUAACCAUUGCCAUUUAAUCCCACCAAGUACAAUAGAGUGGUACAUUGUAUUCACUGUUUCAGCCAUAGUUCUUGCUCAGCUUCCAAAUUUAAAUUCCAUUGCUGGAAUUUCUCUCGUCGGUUCGAUAUCAGCUGUGACGUAUUGUACCUUGACAUGGGUAGUUUCUGUUGUCAAAGAAAAGCCAGAAGGGGUUUCUUUUGAACCUGUUGAAAAUAAAUCUGAUUUGGGAAGAGUUUGUAGCAUUUUGAAUGCUAUUGGAAUGAUAGCUUUUGCUUUCAGGGGACAUAAUCUUGUCCUUGAGAUUCAGGGUACAAUGCCUUCUAGCUUAAAGAACCCAUCUCAUGUGCCCAUGUGGAAAGGAGUCAAGUUCUCAUAUUCUAUUAUUGCUUUGUGUUUGUUUCCACUGGCAAUUGGAGGCUACUGGGCUUAUGGAAACCUGAUGCCAAAUGGAGGGAUAUUGAGUGCAUUGGACAAAUACCAUGGAAAAGACACAUCAAAAGUAAUUUUAGGAAUAACAAGUUUACUGGUGGUAGUCCAUAGUCUUACAUCAUUCCAAAUCUAUGCAAUGCCAGUUUUUGAUAAUUUGGAGUUUAGGUACACCAGCAACAAGAAAAAACCCUGUCCAUGGUGGCUUAGAACAGGGUUUAGAGUAUUCUUUGGAUGCCUAGCAUUUUUCAUAUCAGUGGCACUUCCCUUUUUGCCUAGUUUGGCUGGUCUAAUUGGGGGAAUUGCUUUGCCAGUUACUUUGGCAUAUCCUUGUCUAAUGUGGAUAAUGAUCAAGAAACCUAAGACAUAUACUUCAAGUUGGUUUGUUAAUUGGUCUCUUGGACUUUUAGGCUUGGUUCUAAGUGUUCUUUUGGUUUUUGGUGCUAUACGGACAAUAGCAACUCAAGGUAUAGAUGUUCACUUCUUCAAGCCACAAUGAUGACAAAAAAUGGUUCAGGAAAUAGAUUAAAAUCUAACCAGUACUGGAAAGGUACAACUUUAUUGGUUAAGGAAAGGGGAAAGGGCAAAAAGAACCUAACAGCAGCCACCAAAAGGGAAAGUUACAACUUGUACACUGUAAAUAUAAAAGUAUGCAAGCACUUAUAUCUUUUUUUUUGAUUUGCACCGGGUGUCCGAGUCUCUUAGAGCCCCGACUAAUCCCGGGGGUGCACAGGC